AUGGCGUCUGAUCACACAAGAAAGAGUAACUCAGCUGGAAUGGCAGGAUUUAUUUCUUGCUGUGUACAAAUCCAUUCGUGGGUAGACGAUGGAAAGAAGAAGAAAUUACAUGCUGCGAUCGAUUACAACGUCAAGGAAUAUCGUAUCAAUUGUCAUGUCGAGCGUGGUGAUCAGGCUUUAUUGAGAGCAUACAUAAGCGAAUGGACCAAGUUUCAUCAACAGACUGCCAUCCUUCCGCUGCCUUUCAUGGCUAUUGAUCCAGAAACAGCCCCACCAGCUCCUCUUCCACCGGGCAGUGAAACACGUACUCCCAGACAAUACGGAGUAAAACUGUUAGAGAGGAGAUGCUCGAGACAUGGAAGAAAGUUGUUUUUCAACAUAUCAGCCUGA